GUCGGCGCAUGCGCAGUGUGGCUUCUGCGUCGCUACUUCGUAUCGUGGUGGUAGUAGUGGUUGUUUUUGAUAAUCGCGCGGUUCAACUUGGUCCUUUGUAAAACAAACAAGUCGGUUCACGUUCAAACUUCCGAAUAUUUAACAUUUCUACCUUCGCACACAGCCUACGCGUCGUUCCGCAGAAAGCACCCAAGAUGGAAGCGAAUGGCAGCAGUCAGAAACCCACAGACCUUCAAAAGAAAAUCUACACACAGAUUGAGUAUUACUUUGGGAACCACAACUUGGUGCGAGACAAAUUCAUGCAGGAGCAGUUGAAGCUGGAUGAUGGCUGGAUACCACUUGAGACUCUGGUCAAGUUUAACAGGCUCUCCGCCCUGUCGAAGGACUUUGCGGUGAUAGCGAGCGCGGUGAAACUGUCGCCCAACGACCUCCUGGUGGUUAGCGAAGACGACACGAAGAUCCGUCGUAAGCCAGAGCUGCCCAUCCCAGAAGCCAGUGCCUUCAAGGAGUCAAUCAAGGGCUCCUCCAUCUACGUGAAAGGGUUUCCCUUGGAAGUUGGUCUGGAUGAAAUCAAGGAGUGGUUCGAAAACAGAGCGACCAGCAAAGUAGAAAAUAUUCACCUCAGGAGGAACAUGCAGAAGAAAUUCAAGGGAUCCGUUUUUGCAGUGUUUGACACCGCGGAAAACGCGCAGAAGUUUGUGGACUUACCUGACCACAAGUACAAGGACCUCGAUUUGAUUGUUCUAACCAAGGCAGCGUACUUUGCAAAGAAACAGGACGAGAAGAAGGAGAUGAAACUGCAAAAUAAGCUGUCUAAAGAAAGUGAGACAAAACAAGAUGAUGAAGAAUUUAAAAACCUUAAUUUCCAGGAAGGCUGCCUGCUCAAGUUUUCGGGCGAUUUGGAUUCCUUCACAAGCCGCGAGGAUAUAACGGAAGUUUUCAAAGGCCACGGACAAAUCAAGUGGAUUGACUUUGCACGUGGAGCCAAGGAGGGUUUUGUGCGCUUGACUACGGAUGCACAAGGGGCACUGGAGCGGGCCUCUGCUGCUCAGCUAGCAGUGGAGAAAAAGGGGGAAACCACAGAAAAGUCCAAGGGAGAGGAACCCAAGACAACAGAGAAGGAAGAGGCAAAAGACAAGAGCGGUGAAGUGGUGGAGGCGGCGGCGGCGCCCGCAGCUACAGCUGCGCCUGUAGCUACGGCCGCGGUCCCACUGCGGCUGCGUGGACGUGACGUGACGUGGGAGGUGCUGGAGGGAGAGGCGGCGCGUCAGGUGUGGAUCCGCCUUCUCAAGGAGCAGCAGGAGACCAUGAACAAGCGUCGCGUCACCCGCAGUGGUGGCCGGCGAGGUGGUAACCACGGAGGAAGAGGAGGUGGCGGCAGAGGAGGGCGUGGGGGACGGAGGGACAACAGAGAGUUCCAGGGCAAAAAGACAAAGUUCGAAAGUGACGAUGAAGAUGGUGAUGAUGCAGCAGAGUCGAAGAAGAGACCCUUGGAAAGUGAACCGACUUCGGAGCCGAAAGCAAAGCAAGCAAAGACCGAAUAAAGGAAGUUGCUCUUUCAGCUGUUUAACCAUCACAUCUACUGUCUUCUAAAUGUAUCCCGUUGCAUUUUGAGUUAAGGCAUGGUAUGUAUAUUUAAAAUUGGUUUUAAAUGGUCCACAUUCCGUAAAUUAAGAGAAUGUUAAUCACAUGUUAGAAUUUCUAGAGCAAACAAACGUUUGAGUUUCAUUUGUUUUGUGUUUUUUCUGCAAGACGCUGAAAUGAUCAGGCUUUUUCAGAACCUAAGUUUUAAUUUGCAUUACUUUGUUACAAAAUUAUUGUUUUAGAAGAUUUCAUUGAAAUGUUAUUUAAGAAGUGUCCAUCAAGCUAAUGGUUCUUGUGUUGGUUGAAAGGUGGAAAAUCUAAAAAACGUAAUCACUUUGAGCGAAAAACUCGCUUAAGUCAAUGACGCGUACUGCUGUCAAACACAAAUCUGUAAAAUGUGCUGUUCACAUUGCUUUGAACAUGAUACAAUAAAAGUUAGCCUUUUUUUCUGAA